AUUAAGCCGCUAAGAACAUCAGAAGCUGUCCUGCUCAGACCGUGUUGGUCAGCAUCCGAUCAGAGACAAGGCAAAAAAACAAAAAAAAACAACGAAUCCCAGACAUGUCUGUCCUGCAGGAGAUCAGCGCAAAUGUGAGAAACAUGAAGUCGAUGGAGUAUCCUGUCUUGGCCAGGCGGACCAACCAGAUCCAGGAGGAGCUCAGAAAGGGAGUUAGAAAACCCUACAGGGACGUGAUCGAUGUCUCCUGGGGUGACCCACACAGGGCUGGUGUGAAACCGCUUUCGUUUGUAAGACAGGUUCUCGCGGCGUGUCUCUACCCUAAGCUCAUGGAAGGAGACAGACUGAUGGUGGAUGUCAGGCAGAGGGCUCGGAGACUGCUGAAAGAAUGUGCGGGAGGGAGUAUAGGUUCAUACUCCAACACAGCUGGAAUACCAGAAAUAGUUCAGAGAGUCUCUGAAUUCAUCACCAGACGGGACGGUGGGGUCCCGUGCCGCCGUGAAAACAUCUUCAUCAGCUCCGGCUCACAGUGGGCGCUCGCGAACAUUUUAAAGGUCUUGGUGAAUUCUGAGGCCUCACCCAGAACUGGAGUGCUGACCCCGGUGCCGUGCCACUCCACCACCAUUUUAUCCCUGACGGCGCUGGGAGCGGCGGCGGUCCCCUACCACCUCACAGAGGAGCGGGGCUGGGCGCUGGAGGUGGAGGAGCUGCAGCAGGCUUUGGACUCUGCAAAGGGCGUGUGCAGCCCGGUCGCUCUGUAUGUCAUCAACCCUGGAAACCCGGCAGGCUAUGUUCAAAACAGAAAAUCCAUGCAAGAGGUGAUCAGGUUUGCUGCAGAGAAGAGGCUUUUUCUUCUGGCCGAUGAGGUGUAUCAGGACUGUGUUUACGGGAAAACCGAAUUUGUCUCCUAUAAAAGAGCUCUGGCUGAGAUGGGGCCUCCUCUUUCAGAAACAGUAGAGCUGGCAUCCUUCCACACGGCAUCCAAAGGCCUCAUGGGAGAGUGUGGUCUACGUGCCGGGUACGUCGAGCUUGUUAACCUCGACCCUGCCGUAAUGAAACACAUCAACAGUCUAUUCUCCACCAACUCCUGCGCACCAGUGUUGGGACAGAUCGCCCUGGACGUGAUGACAAAUCCCCCGCAACCAGGAGACCCCUCAUACCCUCUUUAUAUGAAGGAGACGCAGCACAUCAGGACCUCACUGGCUGAAAAUGUGAGGAGGGUGGAAGAAGUCGUCAACAGCUUGCCAGGUUUCAGCUGCCAACCAGUGGAAGGAGGAGCGUUUGCGUUCCCCACAGUGUUUCUUCCACCCAAAGCCAUCAAGAGAGCCAAGGAGGUUGGAAUGAAACCAGACACGUUUUACUGUUUGAGACUGCUGGAGGAGGCGGGAUUGUUGUUUAGUCCUGGCAAUGAUUAUGGACAAAAGGAGGGCACCUACCACAUCAGAUUUUGCAUCAUGAUCCCUUUAGACGUCAUGGAAGAACUACUGAGACGUUUGAGCGGCUUUCACAAAAGGUUUAUGAAGGAGUUUUCAUAAAAUCACAAAGGAAAAGCCUUCUCCUGGUAUUACAGAUUGCAAACAACAACAACAAAAAUUCAUGGCCUAAGAAGUCCAUUUAAUAUUUUAAUAAACAUUACAAUAUUUACAAUUAAUUUCACAGACCUCUGUUUUUAUUCAGAGUAAAACCCAAAUCUGCUUUUCAGAAAGCAAUGAAACAGUCGGAAUAACGAAAAAGGUCCCAAACCCAUAUGCUGGAUUUUCCUAACUCGAUCUACUGAUGGAGUUUAUUUACAGAGAAGCAGCGGCACAUCAACUCCAACGAUGAUUUAGAACCAUGACCAUUCUUGAGUUGUUUAGAACACAUUUCACUAAAGUGCUUUUAAAAA